UCAUGUUAUUCGUAUGUUAAUAGGUUAGAAAAACUUCCCAAUUUUUAUACAUAUCUAUAAGCCAUGUGUAUUGGAAUUUCUCUUCAAUAUAUAUAUUUAGCCAUAUAAAAAGAUCAUUGUUAAUGAUUUUUAACAUGAAUUUUAACGUAUACGUUAUUCGCGCGUAUUGUCGUCAUCCAAUCAUCGUUGAUGAACGUUAUGUAGUCUUGCUGCCGAAAAAUGUCUGUUUGUGGUGUUCUUUUUCCUAAUCUCGCAUGCGAGAAUUAACACACUUCGAUUGGAGUACAAGUGAUGUUUUUUGAACUAUUUAUCAAGUGGAAGUCUUAAGGUUAAGAAUGUUGCGAAUACUUAGUUUAAAAUCUUUCCAAACCCCACAAAUUUUUAUUAAAAAUCGAUUAUGCGAAGUGAUACAAUUUAGAAAACUCAAUUUAUUAGAAUAUCAAAGCAAAGAGCUUUUAAGGGACUGUGGUAUAUCUGUACAAAAUUUCGCCAUCAUUGAUGAUUUAAACAAAGCCAGCUCUGCUCUAAAGAAUUUAUAUGCAAAUGAAUAUGUUAUCAAAGCUCAAGUAUUGGCAGGAGGACGUGGUAAAGGAUGGUUCAACAAUGGUUUUAAAGGUGGUGUACAUCUUACAAAGGAUCCCAAAGAAGUAGUAGAUGUUGCAAAGAAUAUGUUAGGUCAUCGGCUGAUUACUAAACAAACUUCAAAGGAUGGCAUUCUGGUACAAAAAGUUAUGAUAGCUGAAUCUGUUGAUAUUGUUUCUGAAAAAUAUAUUUGCAUUCUGAUGGAUCGACAACAUAAUGGGCCAGUAAUAAUCGCCUCUCCACUUGGUGGUAUGGACAUUGAAGCUAUUGCUAAAGAACAACCUGAAUUAAUAAAAACUGUACCAUUGGAUAUAUAUAAUGGGAUUAAUGAUGCUAUUGCCAAAGAUAUCAGUAAUUUCUUAGGAUUUAGUGACCCAGAGGUACAUAAGAAAGCAAUUUACGAAUUGAAGAGUUUAUGGAAAUUAUUUGUUGAUAUUGAUGCUUUACAAAUUGAAAUCAACCCAUUAGUAUUAACCAAAGAUAAACAAGUUGUUGCAGUAGAUGCCAAAAUUUCAUUUGAUGAUAAUGCACAAUUUAGACAGCAGGAGCUUUUUGCUUUAGAAGAUACUAAUGAAAAGGAUCCAAGAGAAGUAGAUGCAUUACAUUUUAAUUUAAAUUACAUCGGAAUGGAUGGGAAUAUUGGAUGUUUAGUUAAUGGAGCUGGUUUAGCUAUGGCAACAAUGGAUAUUAUCCAAUUAAAUGGAGGAAACCCUGCUAAUUUUUUAGAUGUAGGUGGAAAUGUAAAAGAGGACCAAGUUUAUCAAGCAUUUCGUAUUUUAAAUGAAGGUAUGCUUAUAGAUUGUUAUUAUUUUAUAUGUAUAAAGUAUUUUUAUGAUAUAAUUAAUUUUUUAGAUCCAAAAGUAAAAGCUAUUCUGGUUAAUGUAUUUGGUGGAAUCGUAAAUUGUACUACCAUAGCAAAUGGAAUUAUAGCAGCUGCACGAAAUUUAGGUCUUAAAAUACCUCUUGUGGUUCGAUUAGAAGGUACUAAUGUAAAUGAAGCAAAAAAGACUCUUAGAGACUCCGGCUUGCCAAUAAUUACAGCUAAUGACUUAGAUGAAGCAGCAAGAAAAGCUGUUAUGUCUAUAAAAACAUAAAUACAUUGCUAUUUUCUUACAACUAUAUAACCUCCUAAAGACUGGAAAUCUACGGUUGUGAUUUGUAGUGUUGUAGAUUUUAAUACAAAAAAGAUUCAUAUAAUAUAACUUGCAUAGUUUUUUCAUAAAUUCUCAUUGUCUUAUUGCAAAUUAUUUAAUUAAUAUUUUUCUGAUUUUUACAGAUUUUUAAAAAUGAUUUAUAUCGUUAUGAAUAUAACUAUAUAUAUCGUUUUGAAUAUAACUCUAUAAAUAUAUUUAAUUUUUUAAUGCAUAUGUGUUCAAAGGAAAACAAGAUUAUGGUGUAUAGCAUUGAAUUAUAAACUUUAUUUCGUUUUAGUAAUAAAAUGGAUUAUCAUUUUAUCCAUU